AGUCAGUCGACGGUAGACGGCGCGGCGGUAAACAUGAAGCACUCCACCGGUCUCUUGCUGCUGCUAUGCACAGCGGCGCUAGUCAGCAGCCUUCCGACUUCACUCCAUGGCGGGGAAGAGGCCCUAGAAAGACACGAGGAGCAACCCGUCCAGCCAACGGGGGAGUAUCAGCGUCAACAGCUGUACGAUCAGCAGGCCAAGGAUCAGGACCGGCUGCUGAAUGACAGGCAGCAGCUGAUGCAUGAUCAGGAGGAGCAGACGGAGGACCAGCAGAAGCAGCUGUCCUGGCAGAACCAGCUGACGGAGCAGCAGCAGAAGGACCAGCAGCAGCUGCUGAAGAACCAGCAGCAGUUCUUGAGGGAUCAGCAGAGGAACCAGAACGAACAGAUCCUGCAGCUGCGCCAGAGACAGGAGGAGAAGGUGCUGCUUGACAAACAGGAGGAGAUCUUACGACUUCAGAGCCAGCAGCAGCAGGCGCGAGCCUCCGAGGAACACAACAUUCCCAACGCUGAUGGGUCCGCAAAGGAGUCCUUAGAGGCCGGCGCCGAUGAGCUCGUAUCUACUCCCGUUACUUUGAUAUCUGAAUCUGCUGCUCCGGAGCCGGUAGUUGUGGGUACUGUCGAGGAGGAGCCAUCUAGCUCCGACCCAAGCUUACCGUCCAUAGAGAACCUGCUGAUUUACGGGGAUAGCGCUGAACAAGCUACUGAUGGCGCCGUCCAUGACAGUAAUGAUAUCCGCGCUGGCAGCGCAUCUGUCAGAAAGAUCGUCAUUGCCAAUGCUCUGAGCGACAGCGGACUGGAGGGACAAACCGCGAAGCUGGCUGGGUCAUCCACUGGACUAAAAACGCCAGAGCAAAAUGAAGAGGAGAGUUUGACCACAGGUGAAGAGCCGAGAAACCUGGCUGAAGAAGACGCUCCUGGUUCUGAGGCUGAAGCUUCCAGAGAUGUGUUACCUCUUGACAACGAAAUGGAACUGAAUGAUGCUAUUACUGGGGCAGAAAAGAAAGCUGUACCCGAAUUGAAGCAGGAGCAGCCGUUUGUUGAAAAUUCGCCGGAUACGGCCGAGCCAGAGGCCUCGAGCGUCGAAGAUAGUCCAGAUCAUCCGGUCGAUGAAACUGAGAUUGACGGGACGAAAAUGAUGCAGGCUCCGGCUCAGCCUUCUCAGUGGAACCCUGUCCAGUGCGUCUCGGGCUCCGUUUGUUUGAAGAAGACUGAUAACUGCGACAUGGUCACGAGCCCUUCUGGCGAGAACUGUGUGACGGCCGGGGGUGCUCUCGGAGUGUGCUGUGGCUCUGCCGGCGACCGGUCCGCCUCGGAAUCGGCUCAGACCGGGCCACCACAGACACCGGCUGGACAAACUGCCCCCGGUCCCGGAUCAGCUGUCAGCUCUGAACCCAUCUCUAGUCCUGGAUCACCUGAUGAGGCUAAACAGACAGACAGCAAUGGAUCAUCUUUCAUGUCCGAACCAGCCCCUGCCCCCGAACCGAUUCCUAGCCCUGAGCCGACUCCUAGCCCUGCACGGAACCCUAGCCCUGAACCGAUUCCCAGCCCUGAGCCAGCCCCUAGCCCAAAACCAACUCCUAGUUCUGAACAGACUCCAAAAUCUACACCAACUCCUAAGGCUGAGCAAGUAUCUAGUGCCGAGUCGGCUGCCAGGCCUGAACCAGCCCCUGGCCCUGAACCGAUUCCCAGUCCUGAACCGACUCCGAGCCUCGAAUCAACAGUGGGGUCUCAGCCAAGUCCGUCGAAAGCGUCAAUUCAGAAGCUGGAUCCGAUUCCUCAACCUAAACCAACGGCAACUGGCCUCAAAACGGAAACUUCUACACCAGUAGCGACAACUGUCGAAACUGAGCCAGAAACCAUAAAAACUCAACCACCAACUGAAAGUCUUGAACAGAGCCUCCUAAGCCCAAGCCAUCGCGGUCUUCUUCUGCCGCAGCCCAGGUAA